UCAUAGCUGUUCGAAACAGGUUAGGUAUUUCUUGUUGUUGUUUUUUAAAGUUUUGCCAGACUUCAGCUUAGCUAACCAUUUCAUUUGUUUUUAUCGGGUCCACGCUAAGCUAUCUCAGCUUUCAGCCAGCUGUAGACGUGGAAAGAUGCGGGACAUAGACAUCCUGGAGAACUUUGAAAUCUACAUCCCCAAAGAGGCAGAGGUAAAAAUCACCACUAUUCAGACUCUGCCAACCUCCAUCUUGAGAAGGAUGGGGGUGCCCCUCUCUCAGGGUGGCAGUGCAAAAAGAAGGUCCUCGCCUUCGGCCACGUGGAUCUCUCCAGUGGUCAUCCGAGAGAGAGGCUGUUCACCGGCCAACCCCACAGUGGACACAGCCAAGAUGAACCUGACCUCACUGGUGACCAGAGAACCCAAGGCAGCCCAGGGUGCCUUCUUGAUGCCAUUCGUCUCCUCCAGCUGCACGGCCUUCAGGAUCCUCAAGGAGUUCCUGCCCUCCAGACAGAACUUCCAGCAGGGUACCGCCACCCAGAUCGCCCCCCUCCCCCAUGGCCCGCCCCCUGUCCCCCACCAGGAUGCCAUCAUCAUCCACCAGGGGAGGAUCUUCCUGUCAAUCAAGAAAGCAAAGACUGUCAGAGGAAAGAGGCAGCACGGCCCUGAACUGAACAACUCAUUUUCUUCCCUGGCCCCUCAGACCACACAGCGAAAACGGAUCUUCCUCUCACUUGCCAGUAAGAGCCAGAAGAAGUCCUGCCCCUCAUCUCCCAACCCUUCUCCCAAAAAGCCCCAGGGGAAGUGGGAAUUGCUGCAGAGGUUUGGCCUGACCAACCAAGUCCAGGUGAAGUUGUCCAGAAUACCCCCAGGGGACAUUGAGCCACAGCAGGCUGCCGAACAGGGUCACUCAGCGGAAGAGGCUCAUAACACAGAGCAAGAUCAAGUCAUACGGAAGUUAUUGAAUGCCAACAGGUUGUUAAAGGAGACACCUGGCAUAUGUCCUGAACAGGAGAUGGAAUUGGUGACUCAAGAGGAAGACAAGCCUUUGAAUGAGGAGACCCAAGAAUCAUUAUCAAAGACUGCAAAUCAGCACCCUUUCUCAAGCAAAGACUUUCAGGGCAGAGGUGGGAUUACUAGUGAGACAGAUGAAGAUGCUCAGAAGGAGGAGGAGCCUGAGGAAGAGGGAUGUCACAAUUUGGGUAGUGUCAAACGACGACGAGUUGAGGGUGGGGCAGAGGGCCAAGCCACCAAUGGGGACGAGUCUGAGGUGGAAGACCUUCUCUCUGAUACGGCUGAUGCUUUGAGUGACAGCUCACCUCCACCAGAGGCCCUGAAUGCAGUCCAAAGCAGCGAUACGGUUAUGCAAGUUGACUUCACGGGGGACAGUGUUAAGAGUUGGACGGUGGAGUGCCCAAUCAUACCCGCUCUUGCCCCCACCCCCACCCCCAAACAGCACCAUGGCUUUGACUUUGAGCAUUCGGCCCGCGAGGAGAGGAUCAACCGUAUCAGGGCCAAACUGAGAGAGAGGGAGGCUGCCCUCAACAACCUGCGCUCCCCAAGUUGACUGUCUCCAAAGUGGGAUACAAUUAUUUCUAAAGGCCCUCACAGAUGUUGAAUGCCAUGGACGAAUAUUCCACACACUUUCAUUUUUAAGCGCUGCUAGAACAUCCAUUCUGUAACUGGUAGUGUUUUUGUUGUUGUAGAAACCCACACACUUCUCCGCUCCUUAUCUUCCAAGGCCUGUGAUGCAUCAUCUUAUGAUGGGCUAAAAUAUUUCACUUUAGAAAUAAUUCAGAAAUCUAAAUUGUAUUAUUUUAUUAGAAGAUUCAGAAGGACUUUUUACUUUUCGUUUGAUUAUAUCUGAUGCCAAAGCAGAGUUUGUUUGAUCAAACUUGCCCAGCUAUCGAAUUUGAAGAUUAGUUAUUAGAGUUGCAGUUAUUAUUUUAGGGCCCGAUUCAGACUUUUUACAUGUUUUGAUUUACACACUUCUCAGUAGUUGGUAUUCAGAAUUGAUGGGCUUCGCAGGUGUGGCUCCCUUGCGCUCACUGAAUAAAUGUAAUUAAACUACUGAAAACCC